AUGCGCAGUGUGAAAAAUUGCGCUGCAGCUGCACAAAACAUUCGUUCAUACUCUAUUUCCGCAAUCAAUUCACCCCGCUAUCUCCCACGAACCCGAGCUCUUUACCCCUCAUCUGCACCACUAUCCCACCUUAGAUACUACAGCGAUUCAACCUCCACAAUCAAAGGUACCAUCGGAGCCGGCGCAGAAGGUGUUGCACAGGAAGAAGCUCGAGCGGCAGACAUACUUCAGGCACCCAAUCACCUCGAUGAAGCAGAAAAAAAUAUAUGGGAUAAAUUAUCCCGCGAGCUUCAACCUACGAAAUUACAGGUGCAGGAUAUAAGUGGUGGGUGUGGGAGUAUGUAUGGAAUUGAGGUAGUGAGUGAAAAGUUUAGAGGGUUGAAUAUGUUGAAACAACAAAGAUUGGUUAAUAAGGUUUUGGGGGAGGAAAUCAAGGGGUGGCAUGGUGUGCAGUUGAGGACUAGUGUGCCUUGA